CUCAGUCUCCGUUCACAAAUACUCAAAACCAAAAAGUCACAGCAGAGAGGGAAAGUUCUGAUCAUUGCGACAGUUCUCUCGAGAGACGAUUGUAAAAUGGCAUCGGCGAUUUCCAAAUGGCUCGUGGAUCCGAAGCGCAAUCCGCUGGCGGCAAUCCACAUGAAAGCAGUGUCCAAGCGCCUACGCAAAUACGGUCUUAGAUACGAUGAUCUGUACGAUCCGAUGUACGAUCUGGAUGUCAAAGAGGCGCUUAAUCGGCUGCCGAGGGAGAUUGUGGAUGCGAGGAACCAACGCCUUAAGCGCGCCUUGGACCUCUCUCUGAAGCAUAAAUAUCUUCCGGAAGAUCUUCAGGCAAUGCAGACACCAUUUCGGAGUUAUCUUCAGGAGAUGUUGGCUUUGGUUAAAAGAGAGAGAGCUGAACGAGAGGCACUCGGCGCCUUGCCUCUUUAUCAGCGUACCAUUCCUUAAGUCAGCCUCAAUAUAUUCCCACAACAGCGCCUGGUAUUGUACUACAGAUGUUAUAAUGAUUUAAUGAAUAACAGCAAUAGCGUCGUUCUUGCUGGGCUUGUACACGACUACCCGUACGUAUAUUUAAACCUAUUUAGAAUAGAUUUACUUAAACUUAUGAAAUGCAUCUGCUGGUCUGUUUAAACUAAUGCUUCCUGAUUUUCAGUAAAUUGAUUGCAGCCAUACAUUCAUGCUA